CAACCCAGUGACCACAUCAGCCUGGAAGCGUCCGCCGGCUGAGAGACUGCUGGCUCAUCUAUCAUUAGCUUUUUGUCACAGUUCGAUACGGUUAAUAGAUAAAUUACACGUUUUAAGAACUGUUAUCAUAUUCUGUCGUGAUUUGUUGGUCUCGUCUUUGCUUCCCGCUGACAAUGGCUGAUCCCAAAUACGCUAACUUGCCAGGAAUUGCCUUUAACGAGCCGGACGUGUACGAGACCGGUGACCUUCCAGAAGAUGACCAGGCCCAGUUUGAGUCGUUUGUACAAGAGGAGCUCUGCAGUGACAGCGUGGAGAGGAUUGUGGUCAACCCCAACGCAGCCUAUGACAAGUUCAAGGACAAGCAUGUCAGCACCAAGGGACUUGACUUCUCAGACAGAAUCAGUAAAAGCAGAAGAGUGGGUUAUGAGUCAGGAGAAUUUGAAAUUCUUGGAGAGGGCUGCGGAGUGAAGGAGACGCCCCAGCAGAAGUACCAGCGCCUGGUGAACGAGAUCCAGGAACUCACUCAGGAGGUGGAUUCCAUCCAGGCUGCUACAAAGGAAAGCAAUGCAGAGGAGCGCCUGACCCCAGUGGUACUUGCCCAGCAGGCAGCCCAGCUCAAACAGCAGCUGGUUUCUGCCCAUCUCGACUCACUGCUGGGACCACAAGCACACAUCAACCUGGCCGAUCCAGAUGGAGCGUUGGCUAGGCGUCUGCUCACCCAGCUGGAAGCCGCCAAGGGCAGCCGUGGCAGCGCUGCAGGAGACAGCAAGCCAACAGCAUCAGCUAAGGGCCCAGAUGGAGUGAUACUGUAUGAGCUACACAGCAGACCAGAGCAGGAAAAAUUCAAUCAGUCUGCCAAGAUGGCAGAAUUGGAGAAGCGUCUAGCUGAGCUUGAGAUCGCUGUUGGCCCAGGAUCAGACAAGCAGGGACCUCUGAGCGCUGGUGCACAAGGAGCCAGUUUGAUGGACACCAUUGAGCUCCUGCAGGCAAGGGUCAGUGCACUGGACUCUGCUACUCUGGAUCAAGUGGAGGCAAGACUGCAGAGUGUUCUUGGGAAGAUGAAUGAGAUUGCAAAACACAAGGCGGCGAUUGAGGAUGCUGAAACACAAAACAAGGUGUCGCAGCUUUAUGACGUGGUGCAGAAGUGGGGUGCCAUGUCCACUUCUUUACCACAGGUGGUCCAGAGGCUCGUCGCUGUGAAGGAGUUGCAUGAGCAAGCCAUGCAGUUUGGCCAGCUGCUGACCCACCUGGACACCACUCAGCAGAUGAUCAACAACUCUCUGAAGGACAAUAACACUCUGCUAACACAGGUCCAGCAGACAAUGAAGGAAAACCUGGUGGCUAUAGAGGAGAACUUCGCUGCACUAGAUCAGCGGAUGAAGAAGCUCUCUAAAUAAAGGAGAGCAGAGUUUGGGCCGGUCCAGGAGAGUGUAGAACAUGGACAAAUAAUAGUUGGCUAGAGAGCACAGAGAGGGGAUUGCGGUUUAACACUGUCCUUUCUUGCUGCCCCUCUCUUGCUCUCCACUCCUGCCUCUGCCUUCUUUUUUCACAAAGUGGAAUGUUAGAAAGUUGGAAAAGACGGAAAAACUAAAAAAAAAAAAAGGAGACCAAAUGUUCUUGUCCAUCCUCCUUUCCUCAUCCUUUCUCUUGCAUCAAAUUGAUAUCAGCAGAAAACACGAUUUCUCCUCUCUAUACAUGCCACUGAUUGCAGUCCCCUGUUAAGCUUACUGAGUUUUAGACUGGAUUGUUUUUAUAAUUAUUAAUAUUAAACAUAAGAAAUUCCCAUUCCUUUGGAACCUCACACGAUUAUUAGAUUUGUACUGUAUACUUUGGUCAAAUUAAAUGGAUCACACUAAUUUUUGGAUGAUAGAUGACACAUUUAAGAUGUUGUCAACUGUGUAAAGAAAAACAAAAAAAUCAAGAUCUAUUGUCGAUCUAUCGUGUUGUAACAGGAGCACAUUUGUGCGAGUGUCAGGGCCAAGUCACGGAAAGAAAGCUUGUAAAUAUGCCUGUGUACCUUAUUGUUUCCUCACGCUCAGUCGCUUGUAACUAUAUUAUUAUGACUGAGACCAGACACCACAGACAGACUUUUAAUCUGCUUCGUCAUUGCCUACAAGUCAACUGUAUUGUUCAUCUGUGGUCAUGGAAACUGAUCAAUAAAUAAAACAAAGUGCGAUAAA